CCCACGGACAAGAUAUGUGCCAUCAAGAGGAAGGAGUUUCGGUGUGUUUGUGUCUCAGGGUGAUGGCGGAGUUUGAACAGCUUCCUGCUCACCUGACGGAGCAGCCACACCUCUUUUCCAUGGAGGACCUAUUGAGGGUGAAGAAGGGUCAGUUUAUGGCUGAGGCCAGAGCGCUGCUACACUCUGCUAUCGACCAUGUUGAAAACUGUAAGUUGUGUCUGGCCAGAGGUUUUAUCUGUGAGUUCUGCAGAGAAAGAGACAUCAUCUUUCCUUUUCAGUAUGACACAUGCAAGCGCUGUCCAGGUCCAAAGACCAACGCUGAUCUCAGUGAGCUAUUGUCCAGGUGA